AUGGAGAGACAAAGAGAAAUCGAUGCAGUGGUGGUGAUCCAUUACAGCGGCGGGGUGGUUUCACAAGAUGAUCAUGACUCAGAUAUUGAUGAUCUUCUUAAGGAAUACGAAGACUUCGCUAAUGAUGAAUUCUCUUUUGAUGAUUUGCCUCCUGGAUAUAGGUUCUGCCCCACUGACGUCGAGCUCAUCAGGUUUUACUUGAAUAAGAAGGUUUCCAAUGAGCCCCUCCCUCCCAACCAGAUCAUCGAGACUAACUUAUACGGCUACAAUCCCGAGUUUCUUGCAGCAGCAAACUACAAGAAAUGUGGAGAAAAUGAAUUGUACUUUUUUACUCCAAGGGAUCGAAAGUAUUUAAAUGGAGUCCGUCCAAACCGAGCUACUGGUGAUGGAUAUUGGAAAGCUACUGGAGUUGACAAGCCUAUCAUAUUCGACGAAACCCUAAUUGGGUAUAAGAAGGCACUAGUUUUCUAUCAAGGAAAACCUCCAAAUGGUACGAAGACUGAUUGGAUUAUGCAUGAAUUUAGAGUUGACACUCCUCCUCGAGAUAAAAGGAAUCCAAGUGACAUGAGGUUGGAUGACUCAGUCUUGUGCAGGAUUUAUAAGAAAACUGAUCCCAAAACAAAAUCUAAUAGGAAAUCAACCUGGAUAAACAUCAAGAAGGGGAUGGAACUAGAAGAACCUCUUCUUGAUUUAUUUUUUGAUACAUUCCCUUUUGAUACAUUCCCUUUUGAUACAUUCCCACCUGGAUAUAGGUUCUGUCCCACUGACAAUGAGCUUGUCAGGUUUUACUUGAAUAAGAAGGUUUCCAACGAGCCCCUCCCUCCCAACCAGAUCGUGGAGACUAACUUAUACCACCACAAUCCUGAGUUUCUUGCAAGUUAA